CAGCUGGACGUCAGCGGCUGUGAUUGAACACGUGAAGCCGCAGAGAGCUGAGAUCUGCGGAGUUUCAGGAGUGUUGGACAGAAGUUUAAAUUUACUUCGUGAAAAUGUUCGACUUGAAGAAGAGAAGCAGUUUGACUCUGAAAGGCGGCAGAGACUCGGAGGAGUUCAGGCGAGUGGCGGUCAGACGGAAAGUCAGAGGAGCUGUGGGAGACUGCGGCGGCCCAGAUCUCAGCGAUGGUCGAGUUUGUGGAUCAGAACUAAUCCCUACACUUGGCCCAGAGGAAGAUAAUGGAAAAAGCCCAACAAAGAAAUCCCCUUUGAAACCACAAGUUCCUCCUAAACCAGCCCACCUCCUGAGUCCUCUGAGCAUCAGACAGGAUCAAGCCGACACUACAGAAACAGCAGUACAUCCGCAGAUAAAUGUAACAGAGCAAGACCAGAGUCCUACAAGAGCUUAUGGAGUUCCUGUUUCAUGUUUCAGCGCUUCACAGAACUGUUUAGGCUCCUUGAGUCCAGAUAGAGGAGCAGGAAGCCACUUUUUCAAUGGAUCACACAUCAGCCCUGCCAGACAGGCUCAGGGGAUUUCUAACCUCUCUAGCAAUCCGCUUUUAAAAUCUCCAAGUCCGGGAAAAAGAGGAAUUCAGAACUGCAGCCCACUUAGGGAAGGAGGCCACAGCCCUGCCAAGCACUCCCCAAGAAACCACAGUCCUCUGAUGGGCAAACUGAGGACCCCCAGCCCUGUCCAGGGGAAGAUGGGCAGCUACAGUCUUGCAAGGAGCUCCAUGUCCUGGUUGGGUCUGCACAGAAUUCCUAAUGACAAAAUGGAAAGACAGGAGAAGAGAGCAGAGAAAUCUCUGAGUGUCCCUGAUCUGAUAGUUUACAUGGAUGAGAGCAGAAUUCACAGUGAAACGGCUGAACGAUCUCCUCUGAAACCUCUGCAAUCACCCAACUGUAAAGGACCAGCAGCUGUUAACCGUAGACUGAAUCAUACCUCAAAUGAAGGACGUCAAACAAGUCGAGAGACCUCCACAGGACAAAUAAAUGGUGCAGUUCAGGGAAACGGAUGGCUGGAAGUAAAUGGACUCAGUGACAAGAUGGAAGUGAGCAAAACACCCACAGGAUCCAAGUUCUCCUGCCAGUGGACUAAAGCAACUACAGGAGAUGAGAGGAUUCAUGAGGAGUCUAGAGGUGAACAAAAUGAAGAGGAGACAGAGGAGGAAGUUAGAGAAGAGCUACAAGAUGAAGAAAACACUCAGCAGAAACUGUACAAGAUCGCUACAGAGCUGCUGCAGACAGAGAAGGCGUACGUGGCUCGACUCCACCUGCUAGACCAGGUGUUCUGUUCACGGCUAACAGAAGAAGCAGCUCGAGGCUCGUUUCCUCCUGAGGUGAUAAGAAACAUCUUUUCCAACAUUUCCUCUGUCUACUCCUUCCACAGCCAGUUUCUGCUGCCAGACCUGGAAAACUGCAUCCGACACUGGUGUGAAAGUCCCGGUUUGGGUAAAGUUCUUCUACAAAACGCACCUUUUUUGAGGAUGUACGCCGACUACGUCAGGAACUUUGACCAGGCCAUGGAGCUGGUGAGAACCUGGACAGAACGUUCUUCUGCCUUCAGGAACAUCAUCCAGGACAUCCAGACUCAGGAGGUUUGUGGGAACCUCACCCUGCAGCACCACAUGUUGGAACCGGUCCAGAGGGUUCCACGUUAUGAGAUGCUGCUGAAGGAUUAUCUGAAGAAGCUGCCGGAGGAGGAUCCAGAUUAUGAGUUUGCUCAGAAAUCCUUGCAGACUAUUUCCAUGGCAGCCACACAUUCAAACAGCGCCAUCCACAAAGCUGAGAGCUUAAAACGGCUGCUGGAGAUCUAUGAGAUGGUUGGUGAGGAGGAGGUGGUCAACCCAACUAAUGAGUUUCUCAGGGAAGGGCGUCUUCUCAAACUUGCUGCCAGGAACACAUCAGCCAUGGAGAGACAUCUGUUCCUGUUCAACAACUUUCUGCUGUGCUGCUCUCCGAGGUUCAGCCUGGUUGGACAACGCUUUACCAUUCGUUGCAGGAUCGGAGUGGAGGGCAUGCACGUGCAGCAGACCACCAACGAAGACCAUCUGUACACCUUCCAGGUCUCUGGGAAGGAGAGGAUUCUGGAGCUACAGGCCAGCUCUGAACAAGACCGAGACGACUGGAUAAAGGUGAUCCAGGAAGCCAUUGAUGUGUUUCAGAAGAAAAAUGAAACCUUCAAGUUGGCCUCUAAGGAGCUGAACAUGGAAGAACCAACGGAAGAACUUGGCCGACGGGCUCCUCGCUGGAUCCGGGACAAUGAGGUGACCUUGUGUAUGAACUGCCGGGAGCCUUUCAACGCCCUCACCAGGAGAAGACAUCACUGCAGAGCCUGUGGAUUUGUGGUGUGUUGGAGGUGUUCAGACAAUAAGGUGGCUUUAGAGUACGACGGUAACAAGCUGAACAAAGUGUGCAAAGCUUGUUACUCCAUCCUGACCAGCCAGAGUGGAGGCAAGGUGGACGGAAAGAGAAGGAGAAGAACACUGGAGUCUGAUCCACCUCCAGCUUCUACUGACAGUGUAAUGAGUGGGUUCCUGCAGUAUGGUAACAGUCCCAUGAUCUGGCAACAAAUGUGGUGCGUUCUCACCAGAACUGAACCUCAAGUUCUUUACCUGUAUGCUGAUCUACAGGAUUCGAAGCCUCAGGUCAGUGUUCCUCUGCCGGGCUGCAGCGUUGAUUCUUCCCCUCAGGAGCUCCAGAGUCGACCCUGUUUCUGUCUGAACCAGAACAAAACCAGGCACAUUUUCUGCUGUGAAGAUCCCAACCUCAGACAGAGCUGGAUGACUGCUCUUAAAGCUGCUGUGGUGCCAAACAGCAUCAGUUUAUCCAGAUGCGGAGGCAACGGAGAGGAAUUUGUGAUCAACAAGGAGAAUCAGUCCUGAAUGUGGGAGGUACUUUUUAAAUGCAAACAUCAACAUACAGCAGCAGAUGCUUAAUGAAUGAAAUCUAGAGGAGAAAUUCAGGAAUUUAAUGAACAAUAUUCAAACUGAAAUCUCUGUUUUUUCCUGUAUGAGUGGCUGUGUACUUUAUUCUGAAAUGGUUUAUAUUAAAAUAAUAAAGUAAAGGUGUUUUAACAUGA